CACACACACACACACGCACACACUGUGAGACACACACACACACGCACACACUCUCACACACACACACACACCGCGGGGAGACACACACAAACCUCCGAGCUCUGCCGCGGGGACACGCAGCUACUCUACCCGGACAACAGGCGAGGCAGCCCGGCUUCAGCAGCCGCCGCGCCCCGCUGGAGGAGGAGGGGAUGGAGAAGACCCGGAUCAUGAGUGUGUGUGUGUGUGUGUGAGAGAGGAGGAGAAAACUUAGAAGAAUAGAGAGGAUAAAGGAGGAGAGGAGAGAGGAGGGCGUUCAUUGUGGACCCCGAGCGAUCUGAUCACCAUGGAUCCGGAUCACACGGAGGCCGGAGAGGGAGGGAGUGUGUGUCCUGUCCUCAGCUCAGCAGCUGCAGACACGUCGCCUGAGAUAAGAACAGAAAACUGUUUGGAGCUGUUGAGCAAAGCGAAGCGGUGCGGCGCGGCGGGCGAACAGGAGCGGAUCUACCGCUUCAUGAGCGACCACUACCUGAUGGUGCUGCGGACCCCCGGGCUGUUCGGCCGGCUCUCUGCGGGGGAGAGGGAGCGCAUCCUGGCUCGCAGGAUGGAGGGGGACAAGGUGCUGACGGUGGCGGAGACCUGUGACGGGGGGAGCCGGGAGAGCCCGCUGCUGCCCGGCCCGGAGGACUGCAGCCCCCGCAGAGUGUUCUGCCUCCACCCGGAGAGCCGGCGGUGGGAGGUGCUGACCCGGCUGCCAGAGGAGGUCCCGACUAAAGGCUCCGGGAUGUGCACCUUGUACAACUACCUGUUCGUGGCGGGGGGGAUGAGCGCGCACGCUGCGUCAGACCGGGUGUUCUGCUUCAACCCGCGGACCGGACUCUGGUCCCCGGUCCGUCCACUCAGCCAGCCCCGCUGCCAGCUCAGACUGGUCUCCAUGGACGGCUUCCUGUACGCCAUCGGGGGGGAGUGUCUGUUCACGGUGGAGCGCUACGACCCGCGCGUGGACAGGUGGAGUCACGUGGCUCCGCUGCCCAAAGGCUCGUUCGCGGUUGCGCACGAGGCGACCCCGUGCGGCGGGGAGCUGUUCGUGUCCGGGGGCUCGCUCUUCUACCGGCUGCUCCGCUACGACCCCCGCCGGGACGAGUGGGAGGAGUGUCCGUUCAACGAGAGCCGGCGCCGCUCCACGGACAUGGUGGCGCACCGCAGCCUCGUGUACCGCUUCGACGUGGAGCGGGAGCGCGCGGGGGUGAGCGUGCACAGGUACAACACGGUGGUGAAGGUGUGGCACGGGGGAGCCUUCUUCCCGCUCCAGAACCCGCUCCCGUUCCGCUGCGCCGUGCUCCGGGACCGGGUCUACUGCGUCAACCGGAGCCAGGUUCUGCAGUUUGAGGUGCGCGAGGAGCGGGAGGACUUCCUGCAGGAGGUGCUGCCCCCCCCAUCAGAGGCCCGUGGAGCCCUGGUACCCUUUGUCCUCUGUCUGAACCGGGACAAGUCAUCUAUCCCGGGUUAAAUGUUCUGUGCCUUCUCUGAUCUUUAAAUGAAUGUUUGUGUUUCCGGUUUCUGGAGGAGAAAGUUUAGCUGUGAUAUCUACGGAGU